AGGGGGCUCACGUCGGGAUCAGCCAGGCCAAGGGGCAGGACUGAGGCUCCUUCGAAAGCCUCCCUGCCCGCCCCCACUGGGUGCCCGCCUCCCACCCCCAGCCCCACCAGACCUGACCCUGUGGCUCCCAAUGCCCAGGGGCUCCGGAGUGGGCCCUGCCGAGGCAGGGGAGCUGACGGGCCCUGAGAUCGGGUGGAUGUUGCAGGCGUGCAAGAUGGAAGGGUUCCCCCUCGUCUCCCCUGUGGGGACUGAAAACAAGGGGGUACCUGAAGGCAGAGUGAACUUAACUGUGUGUGAAGGGGGAGGACAGCCAUCAGAAGACAUGGUGCCCUAUGACACAGAUCUAUAUCGACAAACUCACGAAUAUUAUCCAUACAUCAGCAGUGAUGGAGAGAGCCAUAGUGACCAUUACUGGGACUUCCACCCCCACCACAUGCACAAUGAAUUUGAAAGCUUUGCUGAGAAUCACUUCACGGAGCUCCAGAGUGUCCAACCCCCCCAGCUGCAGCAGCUUUACCGUCACAUGGAGCUGGAGCAAAUGCACGUCUUAGACACCCCCGUGCCCACCGCCCCCGGCGGCCUCGGCCACCAGGUCCCCUCACUGGCCCCUCUGCAUUCCUCCCAGGUCCCAUACCUGCCCUGCAUGUGUCUUCAGUACACCUCCCCCACACAGCCCAGCUCCGAUGAGGAAGAAGGUGAGCGGCAGAGCCCCCCGCUGGAAGUGUCUGAUGGGGAGACGGAGGUCCUGGAGCCUGGCCCAGGAAUCCUGCACGGAGAGACAGGCAGCAAAAAGAAAAUCCGUCUCUACCAGUUUCUUCUGGACCUUCUCCGCAAUGGGGACAUGAAGGACAGCAUCUGGUGGGUAGACAAGGACAAAGGCACUUUCCAGUUCUCCUCCAAGCACAAGGAGGCCCUGGCCCAUCGCUGGGGCAUCCAGAAGGGCAACCGUAAAAAGAUGACCUACCAGAAAAUGGCCCGAGCCCUUCGGAACUACGGCAAGACGGGCGAGGUCAAGAAGGUGAAGAAGAAGCUGACCUACCAGUUCAGCGGCGAGGUGCUGGGGCGGGUGACCCUGGUUGAUCGGAGGCACCAGCCCCACUGAGUGCCUGCCAGCCUGCCCACACCCCCGAUGCUGGGCCUUGGCACAACCCCACAUCCCUGCUCCCUGCCUCCAUGGGAGGGGAAGGGGAGGCCCAGCCUGAGGGGCGGGCUGCCCAGUGGUCACAGCGCUGCCCCCAAGGGUGGUUCUGGUGCCUGGGUGGGAGGCCAGACCCCAGACCUUCCCGCUGCAUUAGCUUCCCCGCUCCCUGUAGCAUUAACCCCACGAGGAGGCCUCCUGGACAGAUAGGAUAAAGGCCUUAGUGGGUGACAGACCUUGGAGAUGUCUGUUUCCCUGUCCUUCCCCAUCAUCCUAAUUCCCACAACCCCUCCCUCUUCUGAGAUCUCCAACCUCUUUCCUGCCUGUCUUUUUCUGUGGCCCCCCAGGACUCUCACUCAGGGGGAGGCUCACCCCUGGAGUCGACCUCGGACCGCAGGGGCAUGCACACCACGUCUGCUUCGCUUCAUGCAAUUGGGUGUGUUUCUCAGGAGUUGCCUGAAAAGCAAGUUUCUGUAAAUUGAGUCCUCUGUCAAAUGUCCCUUGAGGACCUCAUUAAUUAAAGGGAUCCUCCAGUGAAUCCUUCCUUGCAAAGCAGAAGAUCGUCUUGUGAGAUGAACUAGUGUAUUGUAGUUUAUCAUUCUGAGGUGACUCUGGAUUUCCAAUACCAGCUAAUUUAUAUGGAAGUCAUAUAUUUAUCAACCUCCAUCUGGAAGCUAACCAAAGACAAGGAAAUACGUAAUAAAAGUCUUAGAGCAAGCCAAAUCGGUGCACUAAAGUUCUUGCACUUUAAUAGAAGAACCCCUCUGACCCUGAUUCAGAGCCUAUUGACUCUUACCUUAGGCACAAUUCUAAUGUGCUUAAUCAUCCUGCUUCCUUCCCAGCCUACAGCAGAGGAGAAACAGCAAAUUAGAAGUGGAACAGCCUGCUACAGGCAGGCACAGGGACAGCAGAAAAAGGGGGUGGGAGGAAACAAACUAAAAAAGCAGAUAAGAGGAUUCAAAAUACCCAGUGGUCUGGGGCCACUUAGUGCAGGGACAGCCAGCCCUACUUACCUUUGUAGGUCUAAUGUAUUAUAAUCCAAAAAGAUUUUCUUUCCCACGAUAACCCUGAGCCGUCGAGAAAAGUGUUCUUUAUGACUUAUCUCCUUGGUUAAAGAAUAUGGGGACAUACAUAAGAAAGACAUUUUAGAAAUAUUGCCAUUGGAAAUGGUUGAAAUAAAAGGAUUUUUGGCUCUUAAA